AUGUGCAGCUCUGGCUCAGGCUUCGUAGUAGGUGAGCAAUCAAUGAUCACCAAUGACAUCCUGCACCGAUUCCUCAGUCGGUGGUGCGACUUCUUCGGACUGAAAUCGGAGCCCCCAAUGUCGCUACACCACCUCGCUGAGCAGGAGCUGGGCCUCUUUGCCCUUGUCUUCGCCUACCUCGAUGGCCGCAGCUGUGCCCGGAUAGCGGCGCUCUGUUGCUGGGCCAACCCUGCUGCGUUGCGAGCUUCGUUGGAAAACAUCAAGCUGAGACUGCGCAGUGCUGGGCUCCUUUUGUCCCGCUGGCAAGGUGGAAGGUAUGACGGAACACCGUAUCUGCAGCAGCACGACCUGGAAACCGCCUCGCGGCAUUUCGCGACGAUCGCAGGGCGAUAUUCGCUGCCUGAGUACGAUUGCACCCUAGACAUACAGCCCGACGGCUCCUUUCGCAACUACGGCUCCCAGCACGAGAUGGUCGGUCAAGCGACCAUCGCCGGUGUGCUGCGCGCUGGCCGUGUACCUGCGUCCUCCAUGGCCGACGUGCCGGAGGGAAUGCAGGUCUGCUACAUCUGCGAGUUGGACAGGUGGUACAUCCGCACUAUGAUGGACGGGAAGGAGAUGACCCCGGAAGAUCUGGAGUUCACCGGGCCUGGCUACCAGACCUACUCGGUGCAUGCCUGGCUCGAGCCCCUUCCGGGCAGCACCUUCGCCGACGGCGCCUUUAUGGAGAACCGUCCGAGACCAACUGCCCAAGUACUGAUGGACUUCUUCCGGCGUGCAGACACCGAUGGCUCCGGGGAGGUCUCUAAGGAUGAGUUUAACAACAUGCUGAUGUGCACCGAUAUCAUGAAGACAGUUAUGGAGGAGUCCUCCAUCGAUGCUCAGGACCUGGGCGAGCUUUUCGAGUGGCUGGACGGUGACAAGGAUGGCCUGGUGAACAUCGAGGAGUUUCUGCGGGGCUUCCGGUGGCUCGUGGCCACCGUGGACCCCAAGGGCCUCCUGAAGCUAGAAGAGGAGCUGGCGGGCGACUUCCAUCGGCUCACGAGGCGGAUGGUUCUGCAUGUGAACCAUUGCUUCGACCAGCUCCUGGAGUCCGUGACUGUCCCCCUGAAGAAGAUCAGCGCCAUCACGGAGCAGAUCCAGCGCAUGGAUCGCCUCAUCAGCUCCCUUCAGAAGAGCCCAGACGAGAUGGACGGCAAAGCUGCGUGGGCCAGCCUCGAUGUCGUGGAGGGGCGCCUGGGUACUCGUCUGGAUUCGCUGGCAACAGCCGUGGAGAAGCUCGCAGAGCUGGAGGCGAGUGGCCUGGUGAAGCUGAGCGAGGACGCCCAGCUGGAGGUCGACCUGGAGGUGGAUUUCAGCAGCUCCCUGUUGCUCCAAAGUCGGAGCCUGCCCAUGUGGCGAGCCAAUGCAACCGACCGGGCAGCAAGCCUGCAAAGCUUGGAAGAGGACGACUCGUUGCAAGAGGACCUUAUCUUCUUCGAGCCUGCGCUGGAGACUCUCAGCGACAUGGCCAACGACGACGACGAGCUGCCCAAAGGCAUCAGCAAGGCGCCGCGCGAGCCCUUCCCGAACAUCGGGGGCACGGGCCGCCGCGGCUGGCAAGUCUGA